AUGACAUUUGUGAAGAACAAGCUGAAGAUAUUCAAGAGGAUUCUUAGUCCAGAACUCCCAGAAGGCUUUGAGAGAGAGCAGUGCCAGAGAGGGGGCUCUGAAGAUCACACUGCACAUCCUGAGGAAAAUGAACCAGAAGGAGCUUGUGACACACUGGAGAAAUAUGAGCUUGCUGUGAUUUGCCAACGUGAACUCAAAUCUAAUCUAAAGAAGAAGUUUCAAUGUGUAUUUGAGGGUAUCGCUAAACAAGGAAAUCCAACACUUCUCAAUAAGAUCUACACAGAGCUCUACAUCACAGAGGGCGGAACAGGAGAGGUCAACAAUGAACAUGAGCUGAGACAGAUUGAGACAACAACCAGGAAACCAGCAAGACUAGAUACUGCAAUCAAAUGUAACGACAUCUUCAAACCCAUAACUGGACAAGAUAAACCUAUCAGAACUAUGCUGACAAAGGGAGUCGCUGGAAUUGGAAAAACAGUCUCUGUGCAGAAGUUCAUUCUGGACUGGGCUGAAGGAAAAGCCAAUCAGGAUGUCCAAUUUGUAUUUUCAUUCCCUUUUCGGGAGCUGAAUUUGAUGAAAGGGGAAAACACUUUCAUUGAACUUCUCAAUCACUUCUCAAUGGAAACCAAACAAUCAGGAAUCUCCAACUACAACAAGUACAAAGUUCUGUUCAUCUUUGAUGGUCUGGAUGAGUGCCGACUGCCCCUAGACUUCCAGAAGAACAAGAUCUGUUGGGACGUCACAGAGUCAACCUCAGUGGAUGUUCUGCUGACAAAUCUCAUCAAGGGAAAUCUGCUUCCCUCUGCUCUCCUCUGGAUAACUACCCGACCUGCAGCAGCCAAUAAGAUCCCUUCAGGGUGUGUUGACCAGGUGACAGAGGUACGAGGGUUCAAUGACCCACAGAAGGAGGAGUACUUCAGGAAGAGAUUCAGUGAUGAGGACCUGGCCAGCAGAAUCAUCUCACACAUAAAGACAUCAAGGAGCCUCCACAUCAUGUGCCACAUUCCAGUCUUCUGUUGGAUUUCUGCAACAGUCCUUGAACACAUGCUGAAACAUAAGAGAGAAGAGAUGCCCAAGACCCUGACUGAGAUGUACACACACCUUGUGGUGUUUCAUACCAAACAGAGGAAAGAAAAGUAUAUUGGGAAAGAAGAGACAGGUCCACACUGGAAUAAAGAGAUCAUUCUGUCACUGGGAAAACUUGCUUUUCAACAGCUUGUGAAUGGCAAUCUGAUUUUCUAUGAAGAAGACCUGAAAGAGGCUGGCAUUGAUGUAAAUGAAGCCUCAGUGUACUCAGGAUUGUGCACACAGAUCUUUAAAGAGGAAUGUGGGCUGUACCAGAACAAGGUGUACUGCUUUGUUCAUCUGAGCAUUCAGGAGUUUCUGGCUGCUGUAUAUGUGUUCCUCUCAUUCAUCAACAACAAUGAGAAUCUAAUGGCCAAACUGCAAACAAAAGAUGAGUCUGAAGUUACUGUCUACAAGAGUGCUGUGGAUAAAGCCUUACAAAGUGAGACAGGAAACCUGGACCUUUUCCUCCGCUUCCUUCUGGGCCUCUCACUGGAGUCCAAUCAGAAGCACUUACGAGGUCUACUGACAAAUUCAAGAAGCAGCUCACAAACUCAUCAAGAAACUGUCAAGUACAUCAAGGAGAAGAUCAGGGAGAAUCCCUCUCCAGAGAGGAGCAUCAAUCUUUUCCACUGUCUGAAUGAACUGAAUGACUAUUCUCUAGUGGAGGAGAUCCAAAGCUUCCUGAGAUCAGGAAGUCUCUCAAAACCCAACCUGUCACCUGCACAGUGGUCAGCUCUGGUCUUUGUGUUGCUGACUUCAGAAAAGGAAAUGGAUGUGUUUGACCUGAAUAAAUUCUCCAGAUCAGAGGAAGGUCUUCUGAGGCUGCUGCCAGUGGUCAAAGCCUCCAGAGCUGUUCUGCUGUCAGGCUGUCUAGUCACAGAGGAAGGCUGUGCUUCUCUGGUCUCAGCUCUGGAGUCAAACCCCUCACACCUGAGAGAGCUGGACCUGAGCUACAAUCACCCAGGAGACUCAGGAGUCAGACUGCUCUCUGCUGGACUGGAGGAUCCACACUGCAGACUGGAGAAACUCAAGUAUGUAGAGGGUUUAUGUCAAUAUUCAUAUCAGACAUGUUUGACUUAUCAGGCUAGUUAAGACAAACAUUCUUAC